AUGCCGCGGCGACCACUAAAUGGGCGUGCCUUGGCUCUCGCGGCUACGGCAAAGGAGACGCAAGAUGCCCUUCCGAGUCUUGUCACGCAACUGCCACAUCUUGAGCUCUCACAGUCCAAGAAGGUCAAUCUGGAGGACCUCACUCCUCCCGAUCCCGCCACUUGUCCCAGAUACCACCUUCUGAGCAAUCUCAACAUGCCAGGCACACAUAUCAAGGUCCUUAACGCCGAUACUCUUGAGGCAGCUAUGCAGAUGCGCCUGGGAGCUACCUCAGCCAACCCUGAUAACAAGAACAGUACCCAGGCUACACACCCCAAAAACAUGCGCGUCGCCGUCUUGAAUCUGGCAUCCGACAAAAACCCCGGUGGUGGCUGGCUCAGAGGUUCCGCAGCGCAGGAAGAGGCGCUCUGCUACCGAAGCUCGCUCAGUUUGUCUCUACAGAGGGGAUACUACCCCUUCAUGCCCUUCGACGGCGUUUAUACCGGCGACGUCGUCAUCGUUCGCUCUUCAAUGGCAGAGGGACACGAGCUUCUCGUCCCCGGUGUUCCUGCCGCUGGGCUACCCGUGGUCAGCGUCAUCAGUGUCGCGGGGAUCCGCCACCCGAUGAUUUCCACAGAUAAGCAAGCCUUCGCCGUGAAGAAGGAUCGGAAUUUGACCAAGGACAAGAUGAGACUGGUACUCAGAAUUGCGGCACACGAGCGCCAUGAAAUGUUGGUCCUGGGGGCAAUCGGCUGUGGUGCGUUUAGGAACCCACCACGGGAUGUGGCCAAGUGUUGGCUGGAGGUCCUGCAGGAGGAUGAGUUCAAGGGCGGCUGGUGGAGAGAUAUCUGGUUCGCAAUCUUUGAUGUGAAGAACGAAGGUAACUUCCAGGUGUUUGAAGAGAUCUUGGGCGGUCAGAUCGUGUAG